ACAAAUGGCUGUCGAGCGUUGAGGUUCAACCCCUCAUUAGAUGGCAAGUUUCUGGAUGGCCAUGUCAUCGAAAGCAGCCAGGAAAUAAUGACGAAAGAUGACUGCGAGCUUGAAUGCUUUAUGAACGCUGACUGUGUGUCGUACAAUUUUGGCACCAACCUAACCGCGGGUGAAAAAAGGGGAACAGUGUGCGAACUGAGCGACUCAACUGCCGAUAUACACCCUGGCGAUGUUAAAAAUAGAACUGGAUUCAGUUAUACACCAGCUGAGGUAAGAUUGCUCUCGACUCCUAGCUCUCAGUAGGCUCUAUUGUUUUCUAUAGUAAAACCAAAAAAUAAACGAAUUUUGGUUGAGAGAUAACAUGAAGCUGCAUCAACAACUGCCUUGCCAAAGUGGUCAAGCACGUUUAACAGCCUUGCACCGCCUAUAAUGAGUCACAAAACAGGGGACACCCUCAGGACGGGGGCAAGUGUUCCUUGAAUAGAAGUUGGGCUGCGGGGUUUGUUAAUAAUGAACCAACAAAGAAACGUUGAACAGCCUUGCACCGCCUAUAAUGAGUCACAAAACAGGGGACACCCUCAGGACGGGGGCAAGUGUUCCUUGAAUAGAAGUUGGGCUGCGGGGUUUGUUAAUAAUGAACCAACAAAGAAAACAUACAAAAAUCAUCAAUAACUUAUAUUCCUACGACAUUAUACGUUGAAUUCAAGCAAACACUUUUCAUCGAUUUAAGUGAGAUAGUUAAGUUUGUGAAAGCUUCCACAUUUUUUAUUAGUGCACACCUGAAGAUAUCAACCCUCUUUGUGAUCAGUCACAUUUUGAGAGCUAAGGUGUGCCCUGAAUGGAGGUUAAACUCAGGUUUUCGGACCCAGAAAAAGUGUCCCUUUCCCCUGAAUAGAGGUGUCCCUUCAAUAGAGGUAACAAAUACAAAGAUUAUGUGAACAUAUUUCCGGGACCAAAUUUUGUGCCCCCUGAAUGGAGUUGUCUCUUGAAUAGAGUUGUCCCAAACGAGAGGUUUCACUGUAUUGCGAUUUUGAGAUUCAAAAGUCAAAAGAGAAAUCCUCGAUCUCUUGCUUUUAUUAUUUUGAAUUUAUAAUGCGUGCCUUAAUAACCUCUAACUGGCCUUAAGUGUGUUAAUUGUCGUCAAGAGACUAUAAAGGGGACAGAGGGGGCAUCCCCCCAUAUACACCCUAUUCCGUAGGUAAUUCGUCUCGAGUUAUUUUUAACACCACAGAUCUCAAGGGGGAUUAGACAACAGCCAAUCACAUAGCGCGAAUGUGUUCCGCGUGGAUGACCCACGCUGAGAGCCACGCGUCCUUCACGAAAUGACGCAGAACAAAAUGGGGGAAGACGCGGAGAGCGAUUUUGCUAUUCCUUUUGUCGACGAAAACGACUACAGCGAGAUUUCUGCGAAAGCUGUGUCAGCGAAACCGAAAUUAAAAAAGAAUCGCCCUUCCUCUCUUGUAUAGAGCUAACAGUAGAGCAGGGAAAUCCUUAACACACUGAAUAUUCUCUCAGGAUCAUUUAUAAUUUACAGUUUGAAGAGAGCAAUUUCUGGUUUGAUGUUUAUUUUUUUCAGUCUUUAUAGCGAUUAUUCCUACCCACUUACUUUGUCAAUUGUAGGCGAACCCUCCUAAAGCUGAAUUUCAAGGGACCAUAUUCAAGCUCAGAAAGAGAAAUAAAAUUUCGUCGUUGCUUAUUUACGUCCUCCAUAAAACGCGAAAUUAGGCAUUUUCACGUCGUAGUCGUGCAAAAACGGGAAAGAAAUGAACAAAAAAGUGUGUUGCACGUGCGAAGUUGUUGUUUUGCUAAUUAAACCUAUUGUUUUUUUGACGUUCUAGUUGUCGUCCGCGUCGUUGGAUCUUAAACUCCCUAAAUUGUACAAACGACCGGUUUCAAUAGACCGGCGAAAUUUCUCAUUUUAUUAAAGCACUGAGGUUACGACAACUUCGAGUUAAACUGAUUUCACGGGUUGUCAAAGAGUCCAGCGAUUCCUUUUUCCCAGGUGAGCGCCGACUCAUUUCGCUUCAAUAUUCAGGAAUGCUCUCGAUCUUUUUACGCUUUCAUUGCCUCUCGCCCGACAUGUUUUGCACGGCGUUUGGUCAUGCGAAACCUCCACGAAACAUCCACGCCUCGCGCGAGGUAACUUUAUCCCGAUUCUAAAAAUAACUCGAGACGAAUUACCUAUGGAAUAGGGUGUAUAUGGGGGAUGCCCUCUCUGUCCCCUUUAUAGUCUCUUGUUGUCGUAUAAUGAUAGACUAUUUUGUCUCUGCUUUUUUAACAGAACACUUGCGUGGACAAUAACUGCUCGCCGAAUAGCCGCUGUCAAACUGGAUUCACUGAUCGCGGAUACAGAUGCGUGUGUGAUACAGGCAUCACGGGAGAAUUCUGCGAAACAGGUUAUCAUAUUAAGGCUGAGGAUUAGGCUCAUGUAAUUCUUUUUUCGUCAGUAUAGUAGGGUUACGAAGAAUGGUGAAGCCGAAAUUAGCUUAACUUACUAACUUGACGUAAACUGGCCAAACGUUAUCGCCACAUCGAUGCAUAGAUCUCCAAAACGUUAUCUGCGGCUUUAAAAAAUUCUCAAUAGAAAAGACAAAAAAAUCAGCAAAGAUCCUGCUACUGUUACCCCUUGACAAAGUAUUUGGAAUCCUUUUCUUCUUGACAUGUUUUCUUAAAUCAUUUUGAUAAUUUGGUGGUUCCAUCUAACGCUUAGCGGGUCAAAAUCCAAGGAGUUUGUAGUUGAAGUUGCGCGACCGCAAAACAGCACCAUGGUCGCCAGAGGCCUUCUCGUUCACCAGCAGCGAGAAGCGUAAAGGGAAAAUAACACCUCUGGCAUCCAGCAAAACAGUGUAAAUGAAAGUAAAUUAUUUCUGAUCGCAUGAAUAACAAUGCUGAUUUUUUUUAAGCAAUUAGACUGGGUGAAAAAGCCAACCCUGGCAAAUCGUGUAAAGACAUGUUAGACAGUGGGGCUGCUACAGACGACGGGGAGUACUGGAUCGACCCCGAGAAAGACGGAAGCCCUUUGAAAGUGUAUUGUGACACGACCACUGACGGAGGUGAGUGACUACUUGCGUUAUCAUCUCUAUCUCUUUUACUCCAAACGCUCCCUCGAGAUCCGUAGAUAGACCCACUCUGAUGCGUCUAAUUCUUAACUCUCUGCUCUCAGCAAGCGUGGGAGCUUGUGACGGUGUACUCCGUGUCCAUCGACAGAUGUCCACCAUACAGCCUCCUCGUGGCCUACCACGCCCUCUAUUUCCAGGAAUUCGUCCGUACAUGAUGGUGUUCAUGUUUGCCUGGCCGUCAUGUCUAAGCUUAUACGGAUGUCUUGUGACAUGGCCAAAGAAUUUCAGUUUCCGCUCUUUUUUUGCACUAUUUGAAUGGGGGAUUUCUGUGUUAAAAUUUCCACUGGCUCUUUUAAUUUAGCGACUCAUUUGUGGGUUUGUCUAUCCAAAAAUGUCCCUGAUUUGCAGUCAUUUUAUUUACUCAUUUGUUAAUUUAUGUUCAGGAGGCUGGCUUCUUGUUACCAACAUUCUGGGUGUGUAUGAGACUGGUAGCAUCCAGCAAUCCUGGGCCCCUUCAAGUUCAUACGACGAGAUCAAUAAUUACAAUUACAGUCAAAAUGUGGGUAUCACUGCCAGCGCCUUGGGUCGGCUGAGGUUGCACUUGAACUUCACUCAACUGAGAUUCCACUGCAGCAAGCAACAUGGGCGUACCUUCCACGUCAUCACGGCCACCAACAGCAAGGGUGAAGCUGUAGUCCACUACUUCAGCGGUCAGACUGACACACUUCCAGGUUCCUGCGACUCGUUUCAGAGGAUGAACGACGAUACGUCCGUGUUGGCUUUGCAUUGUGCUUAUUGGGGAAAUGAUAGCAGACAAUACGUCGGAAAAUGGGGACACCAUGACAAAAAGGACGCUACAUUUCGAUUGUACGAUCAUGCGGCAUUUAUAGCUUCCAGGUAUCACUGGCAUAUUGUUGGGGACUAUUGGCUCUGUGACGACGCGAUCAAUCUCUUUACAAAAUCAUCGAGAGAUUUCUGGAAAAUUUUUGUACGCUGA